UGGCUGCGGGGGCGGGCGGUGCUCCGUUCGCUCGGCUCGGCGCUGCUCUUGUCGGCUCGGCGCUGCCGCACGGCGGGGCGCUCCGUUACUCGCGCUGUGCCGGCCACGCGUUCCGUGAGCGGCGGGGCCCGGGGCCGCUCGGAGCCGAGCGGGCGGCGGACGGCGGGGAGGGAAGGCGGCGGCGGAGGGCAGGGAGGCGCCGGACCUGGCGGCGCUGCCGCGCUCGGCUCCCCCAGGCUCCCCCAUGGCCGCGGGCUGCAGGGACGGCCCGGGGCAGGAGAAGUACCGGCUGGUGGUGGUGGGCGGCGGCGGCGUGGGCAAGUCGGCGCUCACCAUCCAGUUCAUCCAGUCCUAUUUUGUUACGGAUUAUGACCCUACGAUCGAAGACUCCUACACCAAACAAUGUGUGAUAGAUGAAAGAGCUGCACGCUUGGACAUUCUGGAUACAGCGGGGCAAGAAGAAUUUGGAGCCAUGCGUGAACAGUACAUGAGGACGGGGGAGGGUUUUCUGCUCGUUUUCUCAGUCACUGAUAGAGGAAGCUUUGAAGAAAUCUAUAAGUUCCAGCGACAAAUUCUUAGAGUGAAAGAUCGUGAUGAGUUUCCUAUGAUUCUAGUUGGUAAUAAAGCAGAUCUGGACCACCAAAGACAGGUGACGCAAGAGGAAGGUCAACAGUUAGCAAGACAACUUAAAGUAACAUACAUGGAAGCCUCAGCAAAGAUCAGAUUGAAUGUAGACCAAGCUUUUCAUGAACUUGUCAGAGUUAUAAGGAAAUUUCAAGAACAAGAGUGCCCUCCUUCACCAGAGCCAACACGGAAAGAGAAAGACAAAAAAGGCUGCCAUUGUGUAAUUUUCUGAGAAUCCCAAGAACCAAGCUGUCAACUGCCAGAUUAUCAUAUAUAUUUUUUUUCUUUCCAUCAUUUUACAUCACUUCUGGUAUUGGUCUAGCCUUAUAUGUGCAUGUCCUAAAAGUGGUCACCAGAAUAGCCUUAGUCCAAGAAGCUGGCAGAAUAGUUCUUGAAGACUCGGUCAUCUUGGGGCAGACUUCACAACAAAACACUAAGGCUGCUUCUUUAAUACCACAGUUCCUUCCUUCUCUCCCUUUAAGAGCUUGCACCUUGUGGAGUUUUAUUCGCAAAGGAGAUGAAACAAAACCGUGUAGGACAAGGUGUUGAAGUCACACUUAAGUUGUCUCUUGUGAAUUAAUUUAUUUUUACUUCUGACGUUUCGUUAGCUAUUACAAAGACCUAUAUUGAAGUACAGAGAAUACUUUUAAAAAAUGUGGGUGGAUUGGCUUUUUUGCCCUCAGUUAAAUUAGACUUGAGUAUUCAGCUAGCCUUAAGAAACCUACACUGAAUUUCAUUGUCAGCAAAAAUUUUCAUCUCUUAUUUAUGCUGCAGUUUUGUUUCAGUGGCCAAAACAGUCUACUGUAUUUAUUUUCUGAAUCCAGAACAGCUACGGGAGGAUUACUGCUACUAUUAGAAUAUGGCCAAAUACCUGAGCUCAUUCUGGAUUGAGGCAUUUCAGCUUCUUAUGAAAUUUCACAUCAUUGUUUUUUUUUGGGGGGGAGGGGAAAAAAUUGUCUUCCUUUGUAUUUCUGGGUAAGGGAUUAAGGAAAACUAAAAUUGUAGCUGUUUUUGUUUCAUGUGAUAUAAAAAUGAAUUUGAUCUUUCCAUUGUCAGAGAUGAUUAAAUGUUUUUGCUAUAUACUUUUAUACAUUAUUUUCUUAUCAAACUAGUUAACAAGUAUUUUUAUAUGUUUGUAAGCAAAUAUGCUUUCACAGCAUAACUUGUGUAUAUGUAAAGAUGAGUAUUUAAUUCUCACAGUUCACUUUUAACUGACAAAAUGUGGGAUUUGCCAAACUGUGGUAAACUUCUCCUUACUCUCCUGGUUAUACCCAAGAACGGCCAAUUAUGUGCCUGCCCAACACACCCAUAGAGUAAAAUCUAGUGUUGUGUUUUAAUCAAUUUCAGUACCCUUUACUAAAGACUGACCAUUAUGUGAAUUAUUAAACUGUAAGACUUUUAACUGAUUGUUUAGUUAAACCGUGGAUGGUUGUUUAAUUUUCAGUUCUGUGGAUUGUGUUUAAACAAUUCAAGAGUAUGUUCCCUGAUAUUGAAAUACUGAGUGGUAUUGCACAGUUGUCACCUUACUGAAUGUGUCCAACAGUUCUUUGAAACUUGAUUAUUAAGCAAACCCUUGUAUAACUUCAGGUGCUAGAAUUAAAGAUGAUCUAACCAUUAUCAGGGGGUAA